AAAUAGCAAAUCUCGUCAUCUCCGGGUGGUUUUUGCUUUCUGCCUUCUGCUGCAAAAAUGGUAGACCUUCAGUUUCCAGCUUCACUAUUCUUGUCCGUAAUUCCUCCACUCCUUUUCUUGAUCUGGGCCGCUGUCAGAAAUCCGUCUUCCUCAACCUCCACGAAGAUCCCAUCUUCGUACCCCGUACUCGGAUCCAUCCUCGUCAUCUGGAAAAACAAAGAGAGGCGCGUGCAGUGGAUCUCAGACAUUCUUACGUCGGUACCCAACCUGACGUUCACCCUCCGCCGUCCCUUCGGCUACCGGCAGAUCUUCACGGCCAACGCCGCCAAUGUGCAGCAUAUGCUCAAGUCCCACUUCUACAACUACCCUAAAGGCGAGGUUUUCCGGCGGACUCUCAGGGAUUUCCUCGGCGACAGCAUUUUCAACGCUGACGGGGACAACUGGAAGUUCCAGCGACAGGUUUCCAGCCACCAGUUCAACACUAGAUCCCUUCGCAAAUUCGUGGAAACCGUGGUGGAUUCUGAGCUGAGCAAUCGACUGGUUCCAAUCCUGACGAAUGCUGCUGCCCGGAAAACUGUGCUAGAUUUUCAAGACAUUCUUCAGAGGUUUGCUUUCGACAACAUCUGCACGAUCGCAUUCGGGUAUGACCCGGCGUACUUGUUGCCGUCGUUGCCGGAGGCGAAGUUCGCAGUGACCUUUGAUAGAGCUCUCAGGCUUAUCGCUGAAAGGUUCAAUUCCAACAUCCCUUUCAUAUGGAAAAUCAAAAGGGCUCUUUCUGUUGGGUCGGAAAGGCAACUCAAAAUCACUGUUGAGGAAGUCCGAGAAUUCGCUAAAGGAAUAAUCAGAGAGAAGAAGCAAGAACUGAAAGAGAAAAAUUCCCUUGAAUCCGAGGAUGUCUUGUCCAGAUACUUGAGCUCCGGCCACUUAGAUGAAGAUUUCGUCACUGACGUAGUGAUAAGCUUCAUAUUGGCAGGCCGGGACACGACAUCUGCAGCAUUAACCUGGUUUUUCUGGCUGAUUUUCAAUCAUCCAGGCGUUGAGAGUGAGAUACUCAAAGAAAUCAAAGAAAUGAAUUCAGAAGAACCGGUGUACGAUGAAGUGAAGAGCAUGGUUUACACUCAUGCUUCACUCUGUGAAGCCAUGAGGCUGUAUCCGCCAGUUCCUGUCAGCACCAAGUCCGCAUUGAAAGACGAUGUUUUACCUGACGGGACGCUGGUGAAAAAGGGCACAAGAAUAAGCUACCAUCCGUAUGCAAUGGGGAGGGUUGAGAAGGUUUGGGGAGCAGACUGGGCGGAGUUCCGGCCUGGGCGGUGGUUGGAGCUGGAGGAGACGGCCAAGAAGUGGAGGUUCGUGGGCAGGGAUUCGUUUACUUAUCCGGUGUUUCAAGCUGGGCCCAGGGUUUGUCUUGGGAAAGAGAUGGCUUUCUUGCAGAUGAAGAGAGUGGUCGCCGGAGUCCUGCGGAGGUUUAAGGUGGUGCCGGUGGUGCAAAACCUGGAACCAGUGUAUGCGUCGGACUUCACGUCGAAGAUGAAAGGCGGGUUCUUGGUGAAGAUCGAAGAGAGGGUUCCGGGCACAGAAAUCUAGCUAGUAGCAUAAUACAUUACGUUGAAUAAUGUGAAUAUUCAUCGUAAUUAGGUACUUACAUAUAUGUUUAGGAAUAACAAGGGUACUCGUAGAACAGAAUAUGAACUAGUUGUUUGAUCUUCCAUGAAGUAUGAUCUUUCCGAAAAUUGUUGUAGCCAUGGAACUUGUGCUUGAUUAAUUACAGCAUAUAAUUAGAUUUUGUCUGAA